AUGAUUAGCUGGGAGAAUUGGCUGUUUCUGUCAAUCAUACUGUUUUACAGCUAUUUCCACUGACUUCCAUGUAGCUGCGAUAGACUUGCUUCAACUGAAGGAGAGAUAACUGCAGUUGCUGUUCUUUCGUGAUGAAGUGGUCCUUGUUUUGCUGCAAAAUGUGCCCUGCUAUAAUCCUUGUGUCAAAGAAGAGGUUGCAAUGAACAUAAUCGUGAAUAGAACACUAAAUCAUUCCAGCUGGACAUUUUCAGCAGUGAAGGUGCUUCUGCCCAGGUUUGGUACUUCUCCAAAGGAAGAUGGAACAAUGUCCAGAUUCAACUAAAUAUGACCAAUAAUCUUUGGUAUAAUCGGCUGAAGAAACCCAGAAGAGAGCCGAGCCAAGUGCUUCACCCUGUCAGCUUUGAUGAAGAACAACAGUAAUUUUUUCUGCAAUGGUUACAUGAGCUGCGGUGACAUCCUGGCAAAAGUUGUUUGUAUUCUGCCCUCUGUUGAAUCAUAGAAGGGAACAAAAAACUGGAAAAGGUGAUAAAACAAAACAUGAAUUUUUUCAUUAAGUUUCGGAGGCAUUUGCGAAGGAUGGUAAUCUUACUAGCCGCCUUUUGCAUGGUGAGUGUUAUUAUAUCAGCUUAUUACCUGUAUUCUGGCUACAAACAAGAGCUGGAACUUUCUAAGCCAACUCCAGAACAAGAUUGUGGAGAUCUCAAACUCCUACCAUACAGAUUGUUUGAAAUGAAAACUGCAAAGCCCAUUGACACAUCGAGAGCAGACCCUAUGGCUCUGGUGUUUGUUGAGAGUCAAUAUUCACAGCUUGGGCAAGAGAUUGUGGCAAUUUUAGAAUCAAGCCAUUUUCAGCACCACACUGAAAUUGCGCCUGGCAAAGGGGACAUCCCUGCCCUUACAAACAAGGACCGGGGAAGAUAUGCACUUAUUAUAUAUGAAAACAUUUUGAAAUAUGUGAAUAUGGACUCCUGGAAUAGAGAGCUGCUGGAUAAAUAUUGUAUGGAAUACAAUGUUGGCAUUAUAGCAUUCCACAAAGCUAAUGAAAAUAGUUUAUUGAGCUCACAGCUGAAGGGCUUUCCCUUAAACUUACACACCAACCUUGCGCUUAAGGACUGUUGUAUAAACCCACGGUCACCUUUACUGCACAUCACCAAAGCUAAAGAAGUUGAGAGAGGCCCAUUGCCAGGAGAGGACUGGACUGUGUUCCAGUCCAAUCACUCUACCUACGAGCCUGUGUUGCUGGCCAAACCAAGAUCCACUGAAAACAUUCCGCAUCCGAUCACGGAAGAAAUUCUGCACGCCACGGUUGUUCAGGAUCUGGGGCUAUAUGAUGGAAUUCAGCGAAUUCUCUUUGGCAACAAUCUGAAUUUUUGGCUGCACAAACUUAUUUUUGUGGAUGCAAUCGGUUUCCUUUCAGGGAAGAAAUUGUCACUCUCUUUGGAAAGGUACAUCCUGGUGGAUAUUGAUGACAUUUUUGUCGGGAAGGAAGGAACAAGGAUGAAUGUUAACGAUGUAAAGGCAUUACUUGAAACUCAAAACCUCUUGCGCACCCAGGUUCCCAACUUUACCUUUAACCUUGGAUAUUCUGGAAAAUUCUACCACACAGGUGGUAGAGGUCGCAGGUUUGGAAGGUGCUGUCGAAGGAACCUUGGGACAUUUGCAGAGGAUGAAGGAGAUGAUCUGCUGCUAAAGUAUGUGAAUGAAUUCUGGUGGUUUCCUCACAUGUGGAGUCACAUGCAACCUCAUCUCUUCCACAAUGAAUCAGUGCUGGCUGAGCAAAUGAUUCUCAACAAGGAGUUUGCAUUAAAACAUGGCAUUCCUAUUGAUAUGGGCUAUGCCGUAGCCCCACAUCACUCUGGAGUCUAUCCAGUCCACGUGCAACUCUAUGAGGCUUGGAAGAAGGUGUGGAGUAUCAAAGUGACCAGCACUGAAGAGUAUCCACACUUGAAACCAGCACGAUACAGACAUGGCUUCAUCCACGGUGGCAUCAUGGUACUUCCACGACAAACUUGUGGCCUUUUCACCCAUACCAUAUUCUACAAAGAGUACCCUGGAGGCCCGAGAGAACUGGACAAGAGCAUCAGAGGGGGAGAACUUUUCCUCACUGUUCUUCUUAAUCCAGUUCAAAUACUUGAUUGAUCAGCACGCUAAAGUGGGCUGCAACUUACAACUGAUACACGAUUGAGUUACCAGAUAAGCAGGCAUUCUGAAAUUCUGCAGCAAUAUACCUUUGCCC